AUGCAGUCAGCGCCGAAAGAUGAUUUCGUGUCAUACAUGUUGCACGAGGAGCAGUUAAGAAAUGGUAUGGCGGCAUUACCAAACAACAGAAACAAGAUGAAGGCACAUUUAAUACUAGAAGAUGGAUCUGUUUUCAGUGGAACAAUUUUUGGGAAGGAAUGUUCAGUAUCUGGAGAAGUGGUGUUUCAAACAGGAAUGGUGGGCUAUGUUGAAUCUCUGACAGACCCCUCUUAUCAUGCCCAGAUACUUGUACUCACCUAUCCACUCAUAGGUAACUAUGGUGUACCUGCAAACACUAAUGAUGAAAAUGGAAUUUCCAAAGUGUUUGAGUCACACCAAAUCUGGCCAAGUGGUUUGAUAAUAGGACAACUGAGUGAAAGGUACAGUCACUGGAACAGCUCUCAGUCUUUGUCUGAUUGGUUGGAAGCUAAUGGAAUACCAGGAAUACAAGGUAUUGACACAAGAGAAUUGACAAAGAAAAUACGAGAAAAAGGGACAAUGCUAGGAAAGAUAAUUCUUGAAGGAACUGAUCCAGCAUCCAUUCCUUUUAAUGAUUCAAACAUGAGAAAUCUUGUUCAAGAAGUGUCAAUUAAGAUUCCUAAGGUGUUUAAUCCCAAAGGUUCACCACGCAUUAUGGUUGUAGAUUGUGGAAUGAAGUACAACCAACUUCGCUGUUUGGUGGAUCGAAAUGCAAGUGUUGAAGUUGUACCAUGGAAUCAUCCCCUUGAUUCCAAAGAGUUUGAUGGGCUUUUCCUCAGUAAUGGCCCUGGUGACCCUACUUUCUGUGAUGUCACCAUUAAGAACUUGAAACGUGUGCUUCUAGAGGAUAAGCCAAAGCCUGUGUUUGGAAUAUGUCUUGGUCAUCAACUCAUAGCUUUGGCUAUUGGAGCAAAAACAUACAAAAUGAAGUAUGGUAACCGUGGGCAUAAUCAACCUUGCAUUUAUCAUGAUACAAAACUCUGUUGCAUUACUUCUCAGAACCAUGGCUUUACAGUAGAUGCUACUACUUUACCAUCUGACUGGUCACCUCUCUUUACCAAUGCAAAUGACAAGACCAAUGAGGGAAUUGUGCAUAACAGCAAGCCUUUCUUUAGUGUUCAGUUUCAUCCAGAACAUAUGGCAGGACCUCAGGACAUGGAGUCACUGUUUGAUGUUUUCAUUGAAACGGUGAAUGCUAGUAUCCUUGGUGACUUGGAAACAUCUGUAAAUGACUGUCUGAAUUUUUAUCUGGGUUUUUCAAAGCCAGUACUAUCUGUUGAAAGUACCAGUAAAGUUUUGAUAUUGGGUUCUGGUGGUUUAUCAAUUGGCCAGGCUGGGGAGUUUGACUACUCUGGCUCUCAGGCAAGUAUAAACUUUAGUGUUAAAAACUUGAGAUAUGAUUUAGUGGAUUAA